AUGAAAUCCUUUAAUGGUUAUAGAACAUUAUCUAAAGCCUUAGAGUCGAAUGAAAACGAGGAGACAAUAAAAAUAUUGGUAUUUUAUUAUUACAGAUUUUUUAGAUUAUUAUGAUAGCGAAUAAUACUUAAAGAGAAUAAACACCUCAGAAAUCAAAUUGA